AUGGGAAGAAAGGCUAGCUACACAGUCCCAAGCCAGACUUCAGUCAGAGAAGCAGUGCAAAUCCAAUUAGAGGAGGCAGCCGAGAGAGAACGAAACCUCAGAGAGAGAAUUGCCCAAGUUGAGUCUCAGCUUCAAGCACAGCAAGCUGGCCAGGAUGAGAUACAGCGCAAGAUGAUGACAGAGUCGAAGGAUGCUUUACGUCGACUCGAGACCAGAAUUGAGUCCGAAGCCAGACAUAGAGAGCAUGUUGAAGAUGGGCGCAACAGUUUGAUUGAAAAGCUAUCCAUAUCGGAAAGACUCUAUCUGGCAGAGGUUGAUAAAAGCACAUUGGCGAGCAACGAGUGCGGCAAGCUACAGGCACAGCUUUCUCUAUCCGAAAUGACGGUCAAGGCAAAAGACGAACAAAUUGCAAAAGCCACGGAUGGUCGUGAUGAUUUAAACAGGAAACUCGUUAUGAGCGACGAAGCGCGGAAGUUGACAGAACUUGAAAUUAAGGCGACACAAGACGACCGCAUUCUACUGCAGACAAAAGUCACCGAGUUGGAAGAACGCCUUACAUUGGAAACUAGUCAGAGGACAGAUUUGAUGAAGGAAUAUAGUGAACUACAAACACAGUUUUCUGAGUUGCAGGAGCAGUACAAUGACAAAUUGGAAGAAGAGGAGAGGGAAGCAACAGAGAUUGAAAAGGUUCUUGAAGCAGAAAGAAAUCUUGUUACCUCUGCAAUGACAACUCGGUUCGGUGAGGAGGUUGCAGAUCUAAGAGCAAGCUUGGAAACGACUAUGAACCAAGAAGCAGAAUCUAGGCUCGCACCGAUACAGCAAGGCCUAGUAAUACUGGCGGGAAAGCUUGCAUCAGAAACGACGCUCCGACAAAGGGCAGAAAGAGAGUGUGAUAGCUUCCGCACCGAACUUUUCGAUAUGAAGCAGCUGGCUCAUAGACUACAAACACACUAUGGACAUAGCCCACACAACAACUAUGGCGAGAGGAGAGAGCAACGAAUUAUCACAGGCAAUGAUGUGGCAUUCAGACCUCUCGAUCAAGUUGAUCAUCGAGAAAGAGACCACGUCAAAGCCCGCACCCAUCGCCUAUCAACUGCACCUUCUGUUCCGGACGCGCCGUAUCUGGGCAUUCCACUAAGGGACAGCUUGGGAAGUUUCACUAACUGGAAUGCUAUCAAUGGUCACAAUGGGGCAAUCGCAACUAAAGGCCAUCUUUAUCAGGGUGCAGAUGGCCGAACUCAUAUUGCCUAUGCUGACAGACGGCACACACCUCUUGAUUCAGACAGUCAAUCGUAUUCAGCAAGUGCUGAUAGUGACCUGGAUCACGGGGAGAAUAUGAAUGGAACACCUAUGGAGUCCACGACAACGGCCUCGCACCACUCAGCUAAACAUCAAGGGUCAUCCCAAUCAGAAGAUAUGGAGAGAAGGAAUAACGACGAAUAUGUUCCUGUGCAAAUCCUUGAUGGUAGAAGAAAGGCAGACACUAGAUUGAACAGCCCCGAAGAGAGAGCAUCUGAUCAUACAUCCAAUAUCCAUCAACCUACUCCUCUCAGACCGGUCCAGCUCAAAAUUGACACUGGAGAAGACAACGGUCAUGAUCAGGACGAGCCUAUGCUUCUCCUACCGUAUGCGGAUCCUAUAGGAAGGCCUGUCUUUCUGUUUCCCAAUCCGAAUGGUAGAAUUAUUCGAGCAACACCCAAUGGAAGAGUAGUGGAGGAAGACCAAAAUGGCGUUAUAUGGGGCUUCCAGAGAUCCACGACUGUCAAUCACUUAGAACCCGGAAAUAAAAAUGCCACAAGGAGGCCAGAGAGUAUGAGUAAGGUGCUUUAG